AGGCAGAGCCUACAAUCCCAUAUUAUAAAUACAAUUCUCUUUUUCUCUCUUCCAUUUCCAAAACAGAAAAUACCCAUUUGGCUCUCAAAGCAAUUAUAUUUCAAUUCAAGAACUCUCAUCCCAUGGAAUUCACAGCAGAUUUGCAAGGCUUUAGACCCUCUUUUCCAUUCUUAGAUAUUAAUCCAACCGUAGAAUCUAUGAACCAAUUCACAGAUUCAUUCACUUCAAAUUUGGAUCCAAUCCAGACCUUCAAUACAUAUAUGCCUUUCUCUACUGACUACUCCUUUACCCAUCAAGCUCUUGCAGCUGCAGAAUUUCCAGGGAACUUGGAAGGAAAGUUUCCAAGUAUUUUCCGUCAAAACAAACAGAAUAUUGUUUUUCCUGUUUCUCAUGGUCAGCAGUACAAAGGUGAAUUUCUUGAAAGCAGGAAGAGAAAAGCAAUGGAUGUAUCAGAAAGCUCUUCUUUGAACUCAUCAUCCCUGCAAGUUUCUCAGAUUGGGAAGGGCAAAACUAGUUCAAGAAGAGGAAGGAGAGACAAAGCCAAGAAAGAAGAGAAGAAACUAAAGGAAGUUGUUCAUGUAAGAGCUAGAAGAGGGGAAGCUACUGAUAGCCACAGUUUAGCAGAAAGGGUAAGAAGAGGAAAAAUCAAUGAGAAAAUAAGAUGCUUGCAAGAAAUUGUCCCAGGUUGCUCCAAGACCAUGGGCAUGGCAAUAAUGUUGGAUGAGAUAAUUAAUUAUGUUCGAUCAUUGCAGAAUCAAAUUGAGUUCUUAUCCAUGAAGCUCACUGCUGCAAGUGCAUUUUAUGACUUCAACGCAGAGGCAGAUGAUAUAGAAAUAAUGCAGAAAGCAAAGGCACAAGAGGCAAAGGAGAUGGUGAGGAUGACGAGAGAUGGAUAUGGAGGAUUGAGUGAUGACCACCACCAAACAUGGUCUCUUUGACUUCAUUCAUUGGAUAUUGCUUCUUCUUUCUAUACAAAAUACAUUAAGAUUACCCAUUUACCAAUAUUUUUCAGUCUUCAUAUAUUUCUAAAAUUUGUAUCCAAUUUCAUAUAUACUUAUGGGAACUCAA